CUUCCUGGCCACGUAGCACAUGGGGCUAUAAUUCGAAACUGCCCCAGCGGCUGCGGCAGGAUUAUAGCCCAAGUUGCCGGGGAACUGGUUCGUCGUCCCACCAGCGGGGCUGAUCGCGUCACUCAAUGACGGCUGAGGGGGCUGCUGCAGCUGAAGCUGUCGCUAGUAAACAUUGAGCCCGAAUUUUUCAUCAGGAGCUCAAUCAGGAGCUUCAGUUCGAGGUUCCUCAUAUUUCACCCCCCCACAGCAAGCCCUGGCUCGGAAAAGGCAAUGCCGGCAGACAACAGUCGAAGCUCUGGAGGCGGCUCCUCGCGGCGGCGGGCGAGGGAGAGUCUGAGAGAACAGCGAGUGCCGUCCUCGUCGGCCCGCUCUCCCUCGCCCCCUCGCUCGACCCGCCAUUCACAGCGCCCUCACCACCAGCAACAGCAGCAGCAACAGCAGCAGUAUCUCCCAGUCCCUCAACGCGGCCCGUCGGUGCACCAGCCUCCCUCGCUUCACGAUAACGACAACUUUGCCGCCACAAGGAGCCUCUUUGAAAUCGACGAUGCCUCAUCUUUCAUGUCCACCGCCCGCACCCACCAUGACCCCGACGUGGUCGUUGACGUCCCCGCCGAGCAGGCCGUCGCCGUCCUCCUGAAGGAGCCCCUGGGCUACGUGAGCCGCGACUGGUUCGAGCUGCUGUGCCUGCCGCGCCACGGCCAGCCGUCGCCGGCCCAGGUGCGCGCCGCCUACGCCCGCCUCUUCCGCCUCCUGGACGCCGAGCUGCAGGAGGACGAGUCUCGCGAGAUGGCGGCCGCCUACCUGACGGUCGCCCAGGCCGCCUGCGAGGCCCUCGUCGACCCGUCGCGCCGCGCCGAGUACCUCGAGGACCUGGCGCUGCGCGCCGGCGAGACCUCGCUGGUGGGCGUCGACGACCACGACGAUCACGUGCCCCCCUCGGCCGUCGAGGCGCAGCGCCUGCUCCGGCUGAGACGCAAGCGGCGGCUACUGGCCUCGAUCGAGUCGUCCACCGAUCUGGCCGUCAGGGCGGACGCGACCUCUGUGACGUUGGCGUCGCUGACGGGCCCUUCGCCUCCAGAUGUCAGGCCUCUGGACUUUUCCCUUGGCCACUCGACCGUCGUCCCACUCCCCGCGCUGGGCCGUCUCCUCGCGGUCGCGCUGGAGUCUCUGACUCUGCUCGAUGACGAGCCGGGCUCGGAACUGCUUCUCGCUGCUCCCAAGCUGACCGUGUCUGCGUGUUCCUAUGGUGUUUUGGGGGACGUCUCCCACAUACCCACCGCGGUCGUGACAGACCGCUACCAGCCCAUGUUCUCCGGGCCCCCUGCGCGGCACCGCAUGGUACAGCUCCUCAUCAACAAAAUCUCUCCUCUGGUGACGGUGGGGCUCAGAAACGAGCUCGUCCGCCUUCCAAAGCGACUAGACAACCCGUACGAUUCCCACUUGCGCGAUAACGACUGGAGCCCGUAUGACCUUUUGACCAUUCCUGAUCCCGAGCCGACCCGGGUCCUAGUCGUGGAGAACGAGCUCGAUCUUCUGCCGGUACCGGCCGUGAUCACGCGGGUGGCCCACACCAUCGAGCUCGACGACGGGAAUGGCGCAGACCCCAUCCACUUCGAGGCCCUCGUCACGGCUCCGGUGCUCUCAUCGGUGUGGAGGCGGCCCAGGGCGGGCGUUGCCGUCCAGCGUCGCCUCGGCUUCGGCACCGCCUUCGUCUGCGCCGACAGCGGCGAGCUUUCCUUCCUGAGCUCGCUUCUGGGCGAUGAUGCUGCUACUUGUGCUGGCGUGCGAACAUUUUCCAAGAAUCGCCUCUGGGGCAGAGGCCUGCCCGAAGCCCUCCUCAUGUCGCCUGCUCUGCGGGCUUACGUGGCGCCGACAGUGGAGAUUGGUUACAGCAGCCAGGCGCCAGGCGAGUUGGGCCUGCUUGGAGCGACCGGCCGGCCGGCUACUGGUCCCAUCGACCGGGGGUUCAAGGGUCUUGACAUUGAGGCGGCCGAUGCGGCUGGUGCCGGUGGCCCUGGCUCGAGCAGGGGUUCCUGGGCGGUGUCUGCGGCAGCCACGCCAGGAUAUGCAACUGGUUACCUACGUUAUGGCCUCGAGCUGGUGUCGGCGCUUCCCCGGGCCGUCACCUCCAUGCUGCCGUUCGACCCGAAGGCCUACCACAUGGAAAUGGAGCUCUGCACACCGCCGGCCGCCACGACCUACCCCCUGAAUCUGGGCUCCAUUUAUGGGGGUUGCGUUGCAUUCCGCGCCCUCCGCCGGGUCGGCGCCCGGUCUAGUUUCGGCUUCGAGGUUGGCCUUAGCCUUUCGAGCUUUCACCUUAACCUGUACUGGUCGCGGCUGGCCCAGCGCUUCAGGCUCCCGGUGCUCCUGCGCACCAACCCCUCGGCCGGCGGGGGCGGAGUUCCCGGCGGGGUGUCGUUCGUGACGCCACGCCUGGCCUUCUGGUCCGUCCUCGUGCCCAUGCUGGGUCUCGCAGCCCUGGACCUGGCCCGGCUCUGCAGCAGGGCCGGGCGGGUGGCGGCGGCGCGCGAGGCCGACAAGAAGCGCGCGGCGCUCUCCAUGACCAGGGACGAGCUGGCCGACCACGUGGCGCGCCGGCGCGCCGAGGCGGACGAACUGACGGCGCUGCUGGCGGUGGGCGCGCAGGCGCGGCAGCAGGCCGAGCGGCAGCGCGGCGGCCUCGUGAUCCUGGCGGCCAAGUACGGCGUCCCGGACGUGGAGUCGGACGACGCCCUGCUCGCGUCGGCGGCGCCUCCGUCCCGCAAGCAGCGGCCCACCCCCUUCGACCCGGACCACGAGGUGGCCGACGUGGUGGUGGCGGUGGCGGCGCUCGUGCAGGGCGGCGACGACGACGACGAGGCGCCCGGCUCGCUCCUGAUCCCCGCCGGCCUGCGCAAGAGUAGGCUGCUCGGCUUCUGGGACCCGGCCCCGCUGCGCACAAAGGUGCUGCAGGUGCGCUACGCGUACCGCGGCCGCGAGGCCUUUGUCGAGGUGCGCGGGAGGGAGGAGCUGCGGCUGCCGGUGCCUUGAAUCUGGCGGGGGGGG